CACAACCACAAGUCAAUUUACAUGCUUUCAACUCACACCAUAAGGCACGACUCUGAAUUAUCCAUUAUUUUAACUUACUCCUUCAUAUUCAAUGAUUCAUUCUCACGCUAGGCAACGGUCAAGGAAGCUGCUCUCUCUCUCGCUCUCUCUAAAAUGGCAAGAGGAAUGAGCUUCACUGCAGUAGUACUCACAGCCCUUUUCGUUCUUUUGCUAUUCCAUCAAACUUGCAGUGUUACGGAUAUUCAUCUUACCGAGGCAGGACGCGGUUGUUCUUCUUCAUGUGGUAGUAUCCAAAAUAUAACCUAUCCAUUUCGAUUAACGGAGGAUCUGCUAAACUGCGGCGACCAUAUGCAUAACCUGUCAUGUGAGAACAGCAUUACUGUCUUAUACUUAUAUGGUGUACAGUACUAUGUGCGAGAAAUCAAUUACGGUGACUACACAAUCCGAGUAGUAGACUCGGGUAUUCAGAGGAAUAAUCUCUCUUCUAUCACUAGUAAUUUUCUAAACUAUUAUAGCGUAUGGUAUAAUGAUAAUCAUCCUACAUAUUCUACAUCAGAAUGGAGUACUAUGGCUAUCUUGAGCUGUGAAAAGCCAGUGCAUUCGCCCUCUUAUUUGAAAAUUGCAACUAAUUGCUUUAAGAAUGGAGUAUAUUCUUCCAAGUACUCUUCAUCAUCUAAUUCCGAGAUGCAUAGUUAUGUUGCAUAUAAUCUAACUCCAUAUCCGGGGGAGAUAGAGGAAUCUUGCCGACUAGAGCUGAUGUCCGGAAUAUCGUGGGAAUUCACCCAUCGAGAUACAAAGGCUCCUUCCUGCGAAGAGAUCCACAACGAAUUGUUAUAUGGUUUUAGGCUUGAUUGGUUGCAAGCUGUUUGUCCUGAAUAUUGCGACUAUUGCUACCUUGGUGAGGGGAACAAAAUUCAGUGCGGCUCUAAUAAAAUAGUUUGUCCUGAAUAUUGCGUCGAUUGCUACCUUGGUGAGGGGAACAAAAUUCAAUGCUCCUACCGGAAUAAAAUAGGAUUCUUCACAAGACUAGAGGGAGUAUACAAUGAUGUUAUGUACGGACUUGGGCGAGGAUUGGAAUACCUGACACGAGGAAAGUUACCUCAACCCCUGUAUUCAUCGGUACAAUACGAAAAUUGGUGGAGUCCGGAUUCUUCACCCAAAAAGUUGAUUAUACUGGUGUUCUAUCUCGGGCCAUACCUUAUACCAAAAAUGGUAAUGGGGACUCCAGUUGUGCUUGCAUUCUUGAUCUAUAAAUGGCGAAGGAGGCAUUUGUCAAUGUAUGAUGCUAUUGAAGACUUUCUACAAAGUCACAACAACCUCGCCCCGAUAAGAUAUUCAUACCCACAAAUUAGGAAGAUGAGCAAGAAUUUCAAGAACAAACUAGGUGAAGGAGGUUUUGGAACUGUAUUCAAAGGAACACUUCGAAGUGGCAGACUUGUAGCAAUAAAGGAAUUAACUAAGAGCAAAGCUAAUGGGCAAGACUUUAUCAGUGAGGUUGCAACCAUUGGAAGAAUUCAUCAUGUUAAUGUAGUGCAACUCAUUGGUUUUUGUGUUGAAGGAUCAAAGCGUGCUCUUGUAUAUGAGUUCAUGUCUAAAGGGUCUCUUAAUAACCAUAUUUUUAUGAGUGAAGGAAGUAUCCUCAUAAGCUACAAGAAAAUGCAUGAAAUUGCUCUAGGGGUGGCUCGUGGUAUUGAAUACUUGCAUCAAGGUUGUGACAUACGGAUUUUGCACUUUGAUAUAAAGCCUCACAACAUUCUUCUUGAUGAAAAUCUUAAUCCCAAGCUUUCUGAUUUUGGCUUAGCAAAAUCAUAUCCAAUAGCUGAUAGCAUUGUUUCAUUGACUGCUGCAAGGGGAACAUUUGGAUAUAUGGCUCCUGAGUUUUUCUAUAAAAAUAUUGGAGGCAUCUCAUACAAAGCUGAUGUUUAUAGUUUUGGAAUGUUAUUGAUGGAAAUGGCAGGUAGAAGAAAGAAUUUGAAUGCAGAUGCAGAACAUUCAAGCCAAAUCUACUUUCCCACAUGGGUCUACGACCAAUUGCAUGAUGGAAAUGACAUAGAAAUGGAGGAAUAUGCCACAAAGGAGGAAGAGGAAAUAUGUAAGUUGAUGAUCAUAGUUGCUUUAUGGUGUAUACAGAUGAAGCCUAGUGAUCGUCCUUCAAUGAACAAAGUCGUAGAAAUGCUUGAAGGAGAAGUUGAAUCCUUACAACUACCUCCUAAGCCUUUCUUUUCAUUAUCAGAGUGACAAAUUGAGCAUAAUGUGGAGAUUUCAAAUCAAGAUUGCUUACCAAUGCAUUCAAAUGAAUCAAGUCAAUCCAGUACUCAAUCAUAGAAUCUCUCAAUGAAUAACAUAAUUCUAUCAUCCAUAGACAAGGAAGCUGGCAGGUCUUCUCAUCUUUGAUAUAACUCAAAGAUGUUUCAUAUUUCUAUGCAAUAAUGAGUGUUGGUGUGGUAUUUGAUAACUCUACAUAUUCCUACUGUAGUUUUCUUAUUUAUUAUAUAUUAUCUUUACUCAUACUUUGAAUUA